UCUGCUGUUGCCAUGGUGAUAAGUAGUUGUAAACAAACCACAAUCUGCGUCUCCGAGGCCUCAACUUUGUAAUAAUAAAAUUAAAAUAACCUUAUGUAUUGAAGUACCAGCUUAAAGAUACCCUUUUGUUCACAUGAUAUAUGGAAAAAAAUUAUCUUUUAUUUAAUUUCAUACUUCUAUCCUUGGUUUGUCACCUAUGUGAAUGGCUAUUUACGAAUUAUUCUCCUUUCCCAUAACACUCAAAUACAAAGCUAGUUUGUGCUCAUGUACUACAGCGUUUUAUGUAAUUACAGUAUUAUUAAAGUUUAUUUGUCCAUUUCUUCUAGCUUAUUACACUCAAGGUUUCUGGCGGAAAGUUGAUUUUUAUCGAGAGCAACCUGAUAUCUCAUUUAAGCACAAGAUGCUUAUCAUUCUUGAAACUAAACCUCCAAAUCAAAUGAUAUUUUGGAGUACAUAUGAAAAUAUUAAUGAAGUUAUGAAACAAGAUGUUUUUCAAUCAUUACCCGAAAUAGAGCAUAGAGAAGGAGAUUCCAACAGAGAUGGCAUUAAAGAUGAAUUAGAAAUGAUGAUUGAUUUUCCACUUUCUAAUCAAGAAAUUAUAGCAGCAAAAAUCAUUCUGAUAUUUGAUUACAAGUUGUCACUUUAUUCGCAUUUCCGGAUGGAAUCUGCUGCUUUUAUUCAUCAUAGUUCUUCUUACAAUGGCUCUGAAUUCAUUGUAAUGGGAGAUUUAAGCUUGAACCAAAGAGAACCAUUAAAACUUAGCGGAGAGGAAGAAAAAUUCAAUGUCCCAGUCAUUAAAGAUUCAUUUAUUAAACCUCCUUAUAAUUUGGAAGAGAUUUUUUUGGAAUAUUCUAAACGGAAUUUUACUACAGUUUUUACGAACACAUAUCCAGUUUGGAAACCUUCAAAAUCAAAGAGUGAAUCCUUUAAAAUUAAUAUUCUGAUCAAGUAUCCUGCAGAAACAAUUCUAUAUACAGUUGGAUUUUGGCAGUUAUUAAAGUGGGCCUUGGUUCAAUAUGUGGCUGUUUUCAUGAUAAUUUCUUAUCUAAUUAAUUACAUCAGAAAACGUGUUUUCCAGAAUCAAUUGCUGCCAUCUAUUGUAAUUGAUCCAAUUAAGCAGAAAGUGUAGAGCAUGAAAAUAUUUUACUGAAAUCUAUUUUGUAAAUAAAUAAAUUUAUUUUUGUGUGAUA